AUGACGACUGCUGAGGAACAGAGAAAACUGGUCAAGUAUGUGUGCCAGCAGUACCACAAGAUUCCAUGGGAGCCAUUGACAAGAAAACAACUCAACUCGUCGCGCGAUCGUCCAGCGAGAGGAAACAUCUGGCUCAGUCGAGUUGCUUUUCCGGCACCCUCCAGUCCCAGCUUGCGCGAUGCCUUGUAUCGCGUCAUCAAUCAUCUCCGGAGUGACUAUCAUACUAUAACUCCAGCCGAGGAGACGCCGAUUCUUGAUGUCGGGGUCGAGUUCAUAGGAGAACGCACUGGUGUACCUUCAGAUGCCCCGGAACUUGAUAUUACAGAGCAAGAGAAGCUGCAAGCACUCGAGAAAGAAUGCACUAGCGACAAGACGAUACUUUACAUCCAUGGAGGUGGCCUUUACUUCAGCAGUCCUGCAGAAUACAGAGCUGCAUCUGCUAGACUAGCCAAAAUGACGAAGUCUCGUGUGGCAUCGAUACGGUACCGUUUGGCACCAAACAACUCGUUUCCUGCCCCGAUACUGGACACCCUAGUAGCCUAUGCCAGUUUGAUUCAUCCGCCACCGGGUGCACCAUGGUCCGCUGUGCCUGCAGAUCAUAUUGUUAUUGCAGGAAACAGUGCUGGUGCCAACCUCGGGUUAGGAUUGAUUAAGUUCCUGCUUGAAUUGCAGAAGCUAUCAGGACAGCCGGUCCCAUCCAUUCCAGACUUCCAUGGCCGUACCAUUUCUUUACCUCUUCCUGCGGGCAUUGCUACUGUGAGCGGAUGGUGUGAUCAAUGCGACGCGCUGCCAUCAUGGCACAAAAACGGCGAGUUUGACAUCUUAACCGUGCUCCAGCCAGCAUGCAUGCCAGGACACCCGACGGAUAGCAUUUGGCCUACCAAUCCACCGCGUGAGCAUCCUUACUGUGCCGGCGCGACACUGGAUCAUGAGCUAGUAAGUCCUGCAGCAGUGCGGGACUGGACGGGGGCUCCGCCCAUGUUCUUUUUAUGCGGGAGCGAAGAACGUGGGAUUGAUGGAAAUCGAGUCGUUGCUAGCCAGGCGGCGAAGUCUGGGGUCAUAGUGACAUGGAACGAAUACGAGGGCAUGCCUCAUGAUUUCAUUCUCAUUAUGGCCAAGCUCCCGCAAGCCAAACAUGCGAUGGCACUUUGGAUACGUGCUUGUAUUGAUAUACUCGAGUCAAAAAAGGGGCGUCAGGCUCUGGCAAAAUCUCCUGCAGUACAAUGGUUGAUGCCUGACUGCAAAAAGAAAAUUGACUUGGGUGACCCACGAGAUAUUUCACCGCUGUCCUUUGAAGAGGUUCGGAGCAAAAUGAGAGAAUAUAAUGCAACGCGGCCGGUGUGGACUGGGAAGUUAGGAGAAGCUCACUUGUAA